CUGAAAAUUCAAAAUGGCAGCCUUCAUGUCUGUAAUUUGGAGAUAGAACUUAGAUGAGUAAAUUGAGAAACGUUGAAUAAACUUGUUAUAAUUUCUGGUCAUAAUAGAUCUAGGUAUACUUUUCUGGAAAGAAUGAAGCAGCAUGAAUUCGGCACCUAGUUUAUGAAGCUUGGCAAAUAAUCUUUAAAGAUUUUACUUUUCACAAAAGCAAUACAUUGGUGACCAAGCAUCAUUUCAGCAGUGCCUACCAUUGGUAUUAACCAAUAGUAUGGGGGCUUGUGUAUGCAAAGACAAGAAUCAAGAUCCUCCAAUUACACAAGCAGAAGAAAGUGACAGCAGUUCUCAUGUCAGUACCUCGCGGCAGAGGGACCAAAACCAUCAUAGUUCAGUUAAUACAAAUUUUGAACAGACAGAUCGGCGGCAUCGGCACCAUCACCGAUCUCAUAACAACCAAAGACAACACCAUGGGUCAAAUAGAAGAAGUAGGGAUGCAGAAAAAGAAGAUGUAGAUCGUUUGGUGCUUGAAACUUUGUCAGUUAUUCGCACUCUAGUAGACAAUGCACAAGAACCACCACUAGCUAUGCUGAUACUCCACAAAAUAGCUGACUGUGAUCAAGGCUGGUUAAAUGUAGUCAAGUCUCUGAUACGUGUCAUACCAAUGGAAGAUCCGCUAGGACCUGCAGUUAUAGCUCUUCUACUUGACGAAUGUCCUUUGCCAACUAAAGAUGCUCUUCUGGAACUUAAAGCUCAUCUGAAUCUUGCAGAGAUGGAAUAUGCUCAAACCUACAGCAAACCUUGUCAGAAGCGCAAUAUUUGUGUUCUAUUAGGUUGUCUGGCUGAAAAAUUAGCAGGCCCUCACAGUAUAUCAUUAUUAACAACAGACAUAUUGACGUUCUUAAUAGAGCAUUUGAAACCUGAGUAUCAUCCAGUUGUUAUUCUUCAUUCUAUGGUUGCUUUAGAAAAGUUUGCUCAAACCAGUGAAAAUAAGCUUAGGAUUACCCAGGCUUUGCAGCAGUGUGAUGUGCAUCCAAUGACAGUUUUAGAGGGGUGGUAUACUCGUGACAGUGACAACAGACCCCUGAGCUACAGUAGAAGGGAAGUGGGCUUCUGUGCUGGUUGGUGCCUUGAUAAUUUGUUUAUUAAAGAGGGUCGGCCCUUUUCUUAUGAGCAGCUAGAUCGGUCUCAUCUUAAUGUCAUGCUAAACAGUAAUGAUGUCAGUGAAUAUUUGAAGAUUUCUGCUGAUGGAUUGGAGGCUCGGUGUGAUGCAUCUUCCUUUGAAAGUGUGAGGUGCACAUUCCAAGUGGACUCUGGUGUUUGGUAUUAUGAAGUGACCAUUGUGACUGAUGGAGUAAUGCAAAUAGGAUGGGCAACUAAGGACAGUAAAUUUCUAAAUCAUGAUGGCUGCGGUAUUGGGGAUGAUGAAUUUUCUAUGGCUUAUGAUGGCUGCAGGCAACUUAUCUGGUACCAUGCACAGAGUGAGCUGCACACACACCCCUGUUGGAAGCCUGGUGAUAUUUUAGGUUUGUUGUUGGACUUGGAAAAUCAGUACUUAAUAUUUUACCUGAAUGGGGACCCACUGCCCAGCUACAAACAGUUGUUUACACAUGCCAGGACUGGGUUCUUUGCAGCUGCUAGCUUUAUGUCUUUCCAACAAUGUGAGUUCAACUUUGGUGAAAAACCUUUCCGCUACCCACCACCUAAGCCCUUCAAAACCUUCAGUCAGUACGGGAAACUCCUGCCUGAAGAGAGAAUUGUUCUGCCCAGGCAUCAGAAAAUGGCCUUGAUGAACCAGUUUGUGGUCAGUGAAGAUGCUUGCACCUUAUGUUUUGAUAAUGUUGCAGACACACAACUUUUGGAUUGUGGGCACAGGGGAUUCUGUGAAGUUUGUGCUAUCCAGUUAGAAAAAUGUCCCAUCUGUCGGAAGGAGAUCUUAGAGCGUGUGCGCUGCCUGGGAGAGGGCCGGUCACCCACGCCAGCCAUGACACUGCUCCAGAUGCCUGUGGCCUAAGCUUUACAUGUCUGAUGUCGUCAUCCCUCCCCACCCCCACCUGCUUCCCAUAGUCUCCCCUAGCUGCGGGUGUGAGUUGAACGCACCAACACCUGUACAGGUACACCAUUUCAAUCUAUGGACAGUUCAAAUCUGUGCACUUGGUUUAGAGUUCAGAAAAGCUCUGAUGAACUUCAUUGAUGGCAGCAAGGCUCCAUAGCUCGCCUGUGGAAUUCUGGUAGAUUGGUAAGGGCUUUGUGGAAUCUCUAACAACACAUCAGGGGGAAAAUCUCUACACAAUUUUCAGGCUGUGAAAAAAAGACAUUGCUACAAACAACAGUUCAUUGCGUAUCAAAUACAGUUGCAAUAUCAAUGUAUUGAAAUAUCCUAAUAUAUUCUGUGUGACUUUUGUAAUGCAACAUCACAGCAUCCUGUUCAUUAAAAAAAAUAUCUUAUUUGUAUAAUGUACUGUAUAUGACUGUUUUGUUUAGCUCUCAAAACAUAAGCAUUUUAAAAUAUUUCAAACAGCUUGCAUUCUUAUAAUUCAGCUAGUUAGGUGUGAAAUAGCUAUUAGUGCAUGAGUUGGGAGGGCGGGACUGAAUGCUUUAGCAGGGGCCCCAUGCUUCUUUUAAAAAUAGGUGAGAAAAAAAUGUUGUUUAAAUAACACUUCUAAUUGAGUCAAUUAUUAGCCUGAAUCCAGGUCAUCAUUUGUUAAAGCAGACAAUAGACAACAGUUUAAUUUAAUUUGUACAAGAAUGAAAUUUCACAUUUAAGUUUGAUAUGUUAGGAGAGUCUUUCCUAUGGUAGCUGUGACUUGUUAAAUGACCUGGUUAAAACUUUAAAAUUGUGUGCCAGGUACUCACUGAAUUUUAAAACCAAAUAUAGAAGUAGAGAUGCUGAAAUCCUCUACCUCUUUUACAGUUGCUUUGCUUAUAGAAUCAAAUACAUGUAACAAACUAAAUGAAAAAAAAACAUACUAGUUUUCACUGUGUGAAAGGAAAAAAAUAAUGGGAAAAACUACUUAAAAACCCUUUGAUGAAUGUAAAUAAACAGGUAUUUUGUUGUACAUGAUGUUGUUGGUAUAGGAGGUGAAAUGUAGACCAAAGUCUAGGAGAGAAUUUAUGCUUUGAUUUGUAUCAUAUUAAAUUGAUGUUUUCUACAAGUUUCUAUUCAAAUGUAACUCCAGUAUUAUAACAUAUCAAAGAUGCUUGUUUGAAUACAGUAACUGCAUGCCAGUAGACAGCCUAUCCUCACACUCCAUAACUGCACAAUUUUAGUUUUGUUUUUAAAAUUUUCGUUUGUCUUCCAAUGUAACUAAAUUAAUAUUAGGAAAAAGAUCAAACAUCAACAAAUUUUUGUUCGGAAUUUAUUGAUCAAAGUUAUUAAGCUUAAAAAUUUAUUAUGGUUUUCUUAUUUUGUACUUAUUGCAGUUAUAUGUUAGUGGAGCUUUUUUUUUUAGAACAACAUAUCAAGAAGUCUACAUAUUAUAUUGGACAGAAGACUUUAGAAAAUAAUAUCCUACUUCAUUUAAUUUAAAUAUGUGGUUUAAUAAAAUCUUUGAUGAAGUAACUAGGAUUUUUGUAAACAUUCUAUCAUCGCAUUCGAUCAUGUCUUAUCUAUUACGGUAUCUCAUUUAUACAUCUGUUGUAAAAAUCAAAUAUUAAUAUCAAUACACUUUCAUCCCUCUGAUGUCAAUAUUUUAAAUUAUACUUAAAAUGUUUUACUUUCAUUAGUAAUUUAUUACUGGGACUAAUUAAUGCAUGAAACUAACAUAGUAUAUGUUGUCACAUGCUGCGUAAUGAUUAUCUUUUCUUCUACCCGAUGAUGUUUUCAUAGUUCAGUGGCAUGUGUAUGUAUGAGUAAUCUUUGAAUCAUUACAUAAAUCAGAUGUUUGUAAGUUCUGUAUUUACACAUUACUAUGGGGUAGUUAAUUGUUUAUAUUUUGUGUCCCAAUAAGUUGAGUUUUUAAAAAGAUAUAUGGAAUUUUUAAAACAGGCCAUAGUGAAUGAAUUUGUUAAUGAUCAGGUCUAAAGUUAGUGCUUGACUUGAAGUUCUACCUGGAGUGUCAGUUAGACUCCAUGCAGUGGCAAUAUCUGCCUGGUGAGAGCUGUUAACAUUCACUCUUUUACCACUAGUUGUAGGGUCAGCCGUAACCAUUCACUCUUUUACCACUAGUUGUAUGGCUAGUUCUAGGGUCAGCUGUAAACAUUCACUCUUUUACCACUAAUUGUAUGGCUGGUAGUAGGGUCUUAAAUAUGAUCCCAGUUUUAACAGGAAAUAUAUAGUAUAGCAACUAUAAACAUCAGCCCACUUUAGCACUAGAAUAAAUGAUCCUACUAUAGCACUUCAGGUGAUUUUAGCACAAUAAUAUGUAUGGCUAUUUUUGCAUAUGAACGAGACAUAUUUUAACAUGUUAACAAAUAAGGCCAUUAUAACACUUAUAUGUGGCCAUUUUAUCACAUAAACAAACAUGCUAUUUUAGCUCUGAGCUAUGUACAGCCCUAAUUGCACCUGAAGGCCACUGUAUAUUGUUGUUUUGUACAGAACUAAUGUUGUUCACUGUGUGUACACAUUGGCUUGUGAUAACCUGGUGUUCAGCAAUCCUGUGCUGAGUUUUACAAUGGGUCAGUGCAAUAUCAUCAGCUUCUGGCAUCAAGGAGAGUCUGUGUAUGUGUGUGUUACAGGAUAUCUUGUAUUCAUGUCAUUCAUUUUUAUGUACACAUCUGUUUUAAAGAUUUGGUUUGAUUUUUAUUGAAGUCCAUUCAGGCAGUGAAGUGAUCAAUAUUGAAAGAUAUUUCCUAUUAUUGUCCAUCUGGCUCUUAAAUUUAAACUUUUAAAAAUUAAAUGCUCAUUUUUUUAUAAUUGGCGACCACAAGAACAGGCAAACUCUACUUCAUCCACACACAAAGUCAGUUUAUUUAUUGAAUUUCAAGGUGUAUUAAAAGUUGGCAAAGACUACUUCAUCUGUUUUUUAAAAAGGUUACAUGGGUGUUUUAAUUACCAGUUUAAUUAAAGUUUGACUUGUUAUGUAUUAACUUGACCUACAGCUGAUGAAACUUACCAUUUGGCUUGCCAUAGCUUGAAUCAGGCUGUCAUGGCUGGGUCAGGUUGUCAUUGGUUGGGUCUGGUUGUCAUUGGUUGGGUCAGGUUGUCACAGUAAGCUGGACGGGUUAUUGCAACAACCUGCUAUUGUAAACUAUUACUCACCUGUAAAUCACAGUUGUGUAGUAAUUAAAAUAUUGUAGAUAGACCUGGCAUAUUGUAGGAUAACAGUUUAUAGCUGAGGUCCAUGGUGUCUCAACUAAUCAGUUUUUAGACAUGUAUUAUAUGGCUUGGAUGAUAAUUUGUAAUUCUUGUACUUACAUGAUCAAAUAUGAAUGAAUGCUGGUGAUCAAACUUUCAAGCACUUUUUUUUUUUUAAACAGCAUUUUUAGGUUUGAUGUCUAUAUCCCUGACAGAGCAUUGUAAUACUAGCUUUCUCAUGUUUGUACUUGCUCUUUAUUUUCUAGUUGAAAUGCUUUAAAAAUGUCAUUAUUUACUUACAGUUACAUUGUUCUGAGUGUCCUGUAUUUAAGCUCCUGUAUUUUUUUAAAUUUGUAUCUGUAACACGAUGCAUGUACAUACUGCUACUGUAUGUAUUGAAACAUCUAUCUUCUUGUAUACGUUGUAUUCAUUUAUUUUUAUAUAUGACUGAGUUUGUUUUUUUUCUAGACUUAUGCAUUCUGAUUAUUUUAAUUGAAAUUAUUUUAAAAAAUUAUUUUUUACAGUUUUAAAUAAAGAUUUAUCGUGCUUAAAGAUACUACAUUUCAGCUUUUAAUGAAAGGUUUUUAAUUAACUAUAUAUGAACCAACAAGGGUCAAAGAGUACUAGCCUUAGGCUCCAGGUUCAAACCCAGGUCAGCCUAAAGAUAGUCAACAGCCCUAGCUGACUCAGCGUAGUUGGGAGUAAACUAGUACAAGUCAUUAAAUGACCACAGAAAUUGUCAUCCCAUGUCCUGGGUUUUGAUCAGAGUGCAACAGGGCUAAUUGCUUUUGUUUUACAUAUCUAAUGUUGUAUGUGAGCUAUAUCAUCCCUGUCAAAGUGAAAUCCUUGUGGUGGUUGCUUGUAUUAUUUACAUGUAGGUUACAGUGAUGAUGUUUGGACCAGUGGUUGCUUGUAUUAUUUACAUGUAGGUUACAGUAAUGAUGUUUGGACUGUUGCUUGUAUUGUUUACAUGUAGGUUACAGUGAGGAUGUUUGGACUCUAGUGGUUGCUUGUAUUAUUUACAUGUAGGUUACAGUGAGAAUGUUUGGACUCUGGUGGUUGCUUGUAUUGUUUACAUGUAGGUUACAGUGAUGAUGUUUGGACUAGUGGUUGCUUGUAUUGUUUACAUGUAGGUUACAGUGAUGAUGUUUGGACUAGUGGUUGCUUGUAUUGUUUACAUGUAGGUUACAGUGAGGAUGUUUGGACUCUAGUGGUUGCUUGUAUUAUUUACAUGUAGGUUACAGUGAGGAUGUUUGGACUCUAGUAGUUGCUUGUAUUGUUUACAUGUAGGUUACAGUGAUGAUGUUUGGACUCAAGGUUGACAGGGUGACUGUUGGUGUGCUUAUUUUAUGUGUUAAUGCUGAUAUUUUUGAAUGUUUACUAGUGAAUAAUGAUUGCUUGCAUACACAAUGUCUGAAUGAUUGUGCACAAUCUUUGAAUGAUUGUUUGUGUGCAUAAUGUUUGAGUAGUUACUAGUGUACACAGUUUUUGAAUUAUUGUGUUUGCAUGAACAGUUGUUUUUCCACAGUAUCUGAAUGAUUGUUUGUGCACAGUUUGAAUGAUUAUGUGUAUAGUGAUUGAAGUCCCUAGUACAUGCAAUAUUUGAAUGAUUGUGUGUAAAGUGAUUGAAGUCCCUAGUGCAUGGAAUGUUUGAAUGCUUGCUUGUGCACACAAUGUUUAAAUGUCUGUCUCUAAUUUUAGCUCCACUAUUUUUCCAUAAUCAAAACUGUAGGGAGGUAAACACCAUAAGGAAACUUCAGCUGCUCACUUGUCAAGCUUGAAGUUUCUUCUGUGUGUUUCUAACCUUAUAGAUGUAGCUUAAAAAUUGUGGGUUUUUUUUUAUUGAUGUAAAAGCCUUUCAUUUAUUUAUGAUUCUUUAAAGUAAUAUAAAAAAAUAAAGGGUAUUUUAAAGUCAAUUAAAUAAUUUUUAAUAAAAUUUCUAGGAUGAUUUAGCUGACUUGAUGGGUUGACUUGAUGAUGUAGUUGACUUUGAAUACUUUGAUGAUGUAGCUGGUGGUGUGGUGUCAACACUACCCUGUGCUACUGCCUAUAGAAAAUGGUUUAAAAGAAUGGUAGAUACCCCCAUCUAUGCCCUUACUUAUUUUAAUUUUUUUAAAUAAUAAGAAUAUUUUGUUUAAGAACUAAACUAACUUUUAAAAAUGUUUUUAUUAAUUUGUAGUAUAAAAACCACUUUUACACUGGCUAAGUUUACAUGAAUUUGCAACAAUGAAUAACGGCACUUUUUUUUUAGUAAUUUUUUUUUUAAAAUCCUAUCAACCUUGUCAGCAGCUGAUUAAAAAAAAAAAAUUCUGUACUAAUUUACAAAAUCAUUUUAAUUAAUUUUUAUAUUUAUGUCUAUGUCAGAUUUUUAAUCCAAAUAUUUCCGUGUAAAAACUCAAUGAUUAAAAUGUCAAAGUUUUUUUUUUUAAUUCAACUUGUAUAUUGUUUAACCCUGUAAUGCCCAAUUUACUUUUUUUUUUCUCCUAUAUAAACAAACUGCCUGAAGGCGGCCUUUGGGCAUUGGAGGGUUACUACAGUGUCUUCUGUCACGAGGUAGAACGCUCAGUGUAUGGUUUUCUAUGUACAUUGGAUUGUAUCUUUGUUCUCGGAUGACUUAUUUCAGCUAUGUGAUAUACGAGCAUGAUUCACACAUUUGAUGGCUAGUUUCCUCAUGGAACACUCAUUAAAUCAUCUCACACAAACUA